AUGACGGAUUUUGCCUCAUUGGACCAGGUGGUCUUCGUUCCAGUGAGCCAGACGGUGGUAUAUAACCCUUAUGAGCCACAUGGUAAUAGCAGAUUAUUCACGGAUGAUGAUGUUGAUGGGACUCGCUGUCCUCAGCACUGCCUUGCUGACCCAUCCCUCAGAGUAAUGAAAUGGAUACAGAGUAAUGAAAUGGAUACUUCAUCUUACGCUCGACUUCUGUCUCGUUCAGUUACGGUGGACUUGGUGUCAGUGGCAGGUGGUGCAGUUGGUUCAGUGCUGGAAGUAGUGGUUGAGACCACCUGUUCUCUCAUCCUCCUGACAGAUGGUACCACCUCACCCUCCUCCAUCUUCGAGGAGACGAGGAAGUGGAGUGGGUGUCCCUGGGGUGUGUCAGUGUUCCAGGCUGCCGCUGGUGACCUCCACGAUAAUGUUACCAUCACUCUUCUCUCCCACCUCCUCUACCAAGCCAGACGGGUGCGGGUGUUGUCGUGGUGUGUGAGGAUGGUGGUAGUGAGUCAAGACCCAGUCUUCCUGGCCACCUUUGCUGAGAUCUCUCUCAAGAAGCGUCUUCUGGUGUGGGACACUAAACUGUUGGUGCUCACUCGUCUCUCCCUGACGCAGCUUCACACCCUCAUCUCCUCCUACUGGACCUUCACUAUGAUGAACACUGUCUUUCUUAACGUGGAUGAUGCUCAGAUCCUCAGGGCACGUGUGUACACCCAGCUGCCGUACAGCGUCGAGGGAGCCAAGAUGGUGCAGCUGGCUCACUGGAAGCCACAACGAGGACUGCUCUGUAAACCCAAUGUUGUGCUCUUCCCGGCCAAAUUUUCAAAUUUUUACGGUGCCAGAGUGAACGUGACUGCCCUACCAUUCCCACCAUACUGGGACGAGGUGAAGGGUCCAGACAACACUACUGUUUACUCUGGAACAGACUUCUACACACUGGAAGCUAUAUCCAUGGCUCUCAACUUUACCAUCAACGUGGUACCCACCACCUCCUGGGCAGAGGUCACACAGCGUGUUGAGGAACGUGUGGCUUUCCUGGCCGCUGUCUUCCACAACAUUCUGCCGGAGCGGCUGGAACGCUACGACUACUCGUGGCAGUAUGAAUACGCCUCUCUGGACUUCAGUAUGGCUGUGCUGGGUAUCAAACCUCAGUGGCAGUCGCUUUAUUACCCUCUCACAGACCUGGUGUGGCUGGCCAUUGCCUUAGCAUUGUUCGUCGCCCCAAUCAUCUUGCUUCUGAUCAUCCGUGUUAGUGAGAGCAGGGAAGAUGUGGAGAGAACAGACGCUAGUGUCGUGGUCCACCACCUGACAGGGAUGCUGCUGGGUCAGAAUCUGCCACGACGGCUGCCCAAGACCUGUUCCAGUCGUGUACUGGUGGCGGUGUGGCUGAUAUUCGGUCUUAUUAUCACGACAGCUUACCGUGGCAACCUGACAGCCUUCCUCUCCCUGCCCAAGUACCCACCACGUGCUGAGACACUCCAGCAACUUGUCACUGCUGCAGAAAGGAUAACAAUGCCAACAUACGGGGCUGAGUUCAAGAUUUUCUUCAGUAAGUCAGACUCACAGGUGUUCCAAAGAGUUGGUCAGCUGAUGCAUAUCGUUCCUUCAGUAGAAAUUGGGCAACAGCAAGCUACUGAGAGGAAGUAA